CGGUUCUUGAUUCAUAACUGUAGCCUACUAGUAUCAAAUACAGCUCUAGUUCACAUAAAUUAUCCCAACGCGAUUUCUUUUUAACUUUUUAAAAUCGGAAAGAAAAUGAUGGCCACUACAUCAACUUCUUCUCCGUUUACUCGCAGUUACCUCCUUUCUUUAACUUCCUCAUUCUCGAACUCAAGAUAUCCACUACAAUUAACAACUCUCAGUUCAUCAACUUCAUCUAUUUUUCAGUCUUCAUCGCGUAAAAAUAGUAGUUCAAAACUCUUUUGUUACUCACAAUCAGCCAUUUCCAGAAGAGGUACUUUUGAUCCUGAGCUGCGUUCAGUGUUGGAACUUGCAACGGAUUCUGAAUUGUAUGAAAUUGAAAGGAUCCUUUUUGGUCCAAGCUAUUUUAGUCCGUUACUAAAAUCAAUAGAAAACAGAGGUAAUGCUGAUUUUAUCAUGAUUGAAGAGGACUUUGAAGAGAGAGACAAUUUCAUCGAACUUCUUGAAUCACGGUUUCUAUAUCUGGGAGCUGAUGCUCGGUCUACAUUAAGGGGUUGGAGGCCUUCUUAUAGAGAUAUAUUGCUAAGUGUGAGAAGGAAAUUGAGUAUUCCUUGUUCCAGUAAACUGUCGACUGAAGACCUAGAGGUCGAGAUUUUUCUUCAUCUGUUGCAGGAGUACUCAAGUGAUAUAACCUUACAACAUGGACUCAGUCAGUGGAAGGUGCAAGCGUUUGCUGCUUUGAAGAUUGGGGCAGUGGAGCUGAAGUCAAUGAUUCUGAAGGGAGGGGGCAUGCUUACUUUGGCGAAAGUUUAUCAACUGCUAGCAAGGAGAUUGUCCGGAAAGAUGCUAUUUCAAGCUGCCAACUAUCAAGUGAGGCACGAACUUAUAAGGGAGCUUGCAUUCUAUGGGUCUCGUUGUCAUGCGUAUAACACCACUUUCGGAGUACGAAAUCGUUUCCAAUUAAGGCCUGUUAGAUCAGUUAACCAGAAUGUUUUGGUUAAAAAGUUGCCGAGAGGAUAGUCUGGCUGUGCUUGCCGGGUCAUGGGAGUUGUAUGUGCAUCAAAAUAAGGUAACGUUUGCUCGAGUGGAAUAGCUUACCUCUUAUUGUUAUCCAGGGUGGAAAAUUGGCUGCUAUAAAUCUGGAGUCCAGGGCUGCUUUGCUGGCAGCAGGACAGGUAAUUUAAUGAUUCUGCAAAUUUUAUGGCAAAUUUAAUGAGUUUACUAUUUAUUCAUGCAGAUGCCUACAAUUUAUCUAUGCACAUACAUUUACAGUUCAGCCACGGCCAAGAUGUAUGUAUAUGAAGCAUGUGAACGAAAAAGAUUUCACAUGCAAUAGAAAUCAAGGAGUAAAUUAUUUUCCGCAACAUGUUAAUAUAUCUAUUCAAGCUGCAAUUAGAUUCUUACCCAAUGUGAUGCUAUUUGAGGAACGGACUCUGUUUAAGUGGUUCCCGUUUUAGCUAUAGGAGGUUAGUGAUGCAUAUAUCCAGUUGUUCCCAAUAAACACACUUUCCGCACUUUUUUUUCCUUGGGAAAUAUUGGAACGAACUAAACUAUUCUUGCCGAUCACCUAUACAAAGCCUUAUCAGAUGAAAUUACGCGCUUGAAGGGGGUAGCAUGUCAACUUUCUGAAGAAAGCCUUACCAGAUGAAAUUGCAUGCUUGAAGGGGGGUAGCAUCUCCUUGUAAGAGCGUACUUUUAAAAUCAAGCCUUGGAAGUUACCUGUGACUUAAGUAGUUUUUCAACUAGUCACUCUCUUUCUUAAAGCAAGCAAAGGGGUUAGCUGGGGCCGCAUCGAGGUAUCUAGGGCUCAGAAAUACGAUGAUGUUACUUGGCCCAGUGUUGUGGGGAACAUUUCUGGCAGAUGUUGUCAUUCAAAUGCUUGGAACAGAUUAUGCUAGAAUUUUGCGAGCAAUCUAUGCAUUUGCACAGAUCCGUGUCACACGCACAUAUAAGUGGGAAACUGACGAGAAUCGUUUCGCUUAGAAUGUCAGAAUG